UAGUGAGGGGUCCCACACGCCUGGAGCCGAGGGUCUGUGUCAAGAGCGGCAGGGGCUGCAGGAGAUAAGAGAAACGGGUGAGGGCGCCGCGCGGGGCUGGACUGGGAAGAGAACGCUGGGCGGACGGAGGGGGCGGAAGGAAAACUAAGGGGUCUGCAGGGAUCGAAGAGCCUUGGGGCCUGCGCUAGGGCGGGAGCGGCGCGGGCUGGAAGGAGAGCACUCCUUCCUGUGUGCCCUGGGGCUCCUUUAGUGUGCGGGAGCCUACGCUGGAACUCGCCCACCACCCACUGCUGCGAGCUCUCACCCUGCCGAGGAGCUGAGUCUGGCUGCCGUGGGGUGUGUGUAGGCUUCAGAGACAUGGGAUCAUGGAAGACUGAAGCAGAAACAGUGGAUUAAGACUUCCUGAGCGAUACAGGCUGGCACUGCCUUCCCCACAAUGGCAGAGGUGGUGGCUGAGGUGGCCGAGAUGCCAACACAGAUGUCACCAGGGGCAGUGGAGAUGUCAACACCUAUGUCGGCGGAGAUGAUGGAGAUGUCAACAGAAGUGACUGAGAUGACACCUGGGGAGGCCCUUGCCUCAUCCCUCUUCUUCCAGCAUCACCAGUUCAUGUGCUCUGAGUGUGGCAGCCUCUAUAACACACUGGAGGAAGUCCUCUCACACCAGGAGCAGCACAUGCUUGCUGUCUCAGAGGAGGAGGCACUGACCACACAGAAUGUUGGCCUGGAGCCGGAGCUGGUGCCGGGUGCUGAGGGGCCCUUCCAGUGUGGUGAAUGCAGCCAGCUCAUCCUCUCCCCUGGGGAGCUCCUGGCCCACCAGGAUGCCCACCUCCGAGAGUCUGCAAACCAGAUCCAAUACCAGUGCUGGGACUGCCAGGAGCUGUUCCCCUCGCCCGAGCUGUGGGUGGCUCAUCGAAAGGCCCAGCACCUUUCUGCUACGGUAGCUGAGCCACCAGUGCCACCUCCUUUGCCUCCCCCAACACCACUGCCUCCACCUUCUCCCCCAUCCGAAGUCAAGAUGGAGCCCUAUGAGUGUCCUGAGUGCUCUACCCUCUGCGCCACCCCUGAGGAGUUCUUGGAGCAUCAGGGCACCCACUUUGACUCCCUAGAGAAAGAGGAGCGCAAUGGGUUGGAGGAGGAGGAAGAGGACGAUGAGGAGGAUGAAGAAGAUGAUGAAGAGACAGAGGAUGAGGAGGCCAUGGCAGAGGUCGGUGAUGAUGCUGUGGGAGGUGAUGAGUCCACAGCUGGCUGGGCUCAGGGCUGCGGGGACUGUCCCCAGCACCAGCCCUCAGCAGGGGCUCGCCGGCAACACCGGCGGACGGCUCACAGCCCGGCAUCUGCCGCCCACCCCUUCCACUGCAGCCAGUGUCAGCGCAGUUUCAGCUCUGCCAACCGGCUGCAGGCUCAUGGGCGGGCCCAUGUUGGUGGCACACAUGAGUGUACAACCUGCUCCAAGGUCUUCAAGAAAGCAGCAUCGCUUGAGCAGCACUUGAGGCUGCAUCGCGGGGAAGCCCGCUACCUCUGUGUAGACUGUGGCCGCGGCUUUGGCACAGAACUCACGUUGGUGGCUCACCGGCGGGCCCACACUGCCAACCCAUUGCAUCGCUGUCGUUGCGGCAAGACGUUCAGCAACAUGACCAAGUUCCUCUACCACCGGCGCACUCACGCCGGCAAAAGCGGGGCACCUCCCACAGGAGCAACAGCUCCCCCAGCUCCAGCGGAGCCCACCCCUCCACCACCACCCCCUGCCCCACCUGCCCAGCUGCCAUGCCCACAGUGCUCCAAGUCCUUUGCCUCAGCUUCCCGGCUGUCCCGGCACCGGCGUGCAGUACACGGGCCCCCUGAACGGCGUCACCGCUGUGGGGUUUGUGGCAAGGGCUUCAAGAAGCUGAUCCACGUGCGCAACCACCUGCGGACACACACGGGUGAGAGGCCCUUCCAGUGCCACUCAUGUGGCAAGACCUUUGCUUCUUUGGCCAACCUCAGCCGCCACCAGCUGACCCACACGGGUGCACGUCCCUACCAGUGCCUGGACUGUGGCAAGCGCUUCACACAGAGCUCCAACCUGCAGCAGCACCGGCGGUUGCACUUGCGGCCAGUCGCCUUUGCCCGCGCCCCCCGCCUCCCCAUCACUGGUCUCUACAACAAGAGUCCCUACUACUGCGGGACUUGUGGCCGCUGGUUCCGCGCCAUGGCGGGCUUGCGACUGCAUCAGCGGGUCCAUGCCCGAGCUCGGACUUUGACGCUACAGCCUCCCAGAUCACCACCUCCUGCCCCACCCCCACCCCCAGAGCCUCAACAGACUAUCAUGUGCACAGAGCUGGGGGAGACCAUCGCCAUCAUUGAGACAUCCCAGCCACUGGCGCUUGAGGACACCCUGCAGCUGUGCCAGGCUGCACUGGGGGCCAGUGAAGCAGGCGGGCUCUUGCAGUUGGACACGGCCUUCGUGUGACACAGCUGAAAAGCAACAACAAAAGGGUUUGGUUGCAACAGCCAGUGUGGGUACCUCUGGGGAGAGAGGACCUCCUCUGGCAAACUGAUCUGGUACCCACCAUGUGCCAGGAUCCACCCUGGCCUCUUUUACCCACUGACUCCCCAGAACAACCCUUCCAGGCUUCUCUUGUCAUCUUUCUCUGCCUGAGGGGAAACUGAAGCUCUGAGAUGCGAUGUGAUCUGUACCAGGUCACCCAGCUAUGCUGCAAAGCGGGUUGGCCAAGGCCCUUUGCACUGCAUCACCCUGGUGCCCAGCAACAUCAGGUAACCUUCACUGAGCACCAAGCUUGUGCCAGGUCUGUGCUGGCCACUCUCAUAUACCUCUUCAGAUCCUCUGCUUGUACCCCCAGCCCUUGCCUUCCCUGGAUUUUGGGCACCCAGGACUUUGCUCUGCCUGGUGGAGGGUACUUGAUUUCUCUGGGCUUCCUUCAUCUCAAUUCUGACAGUGUGGAAGGAAAUCUGUAGGUACCCAGGUCCUUAGCUCCAGACUGGGUGAUGCUGGAGACCCAGGAGCAAGUCAGCACAGGCUCUGCCCACAGGAGGCAUGCACAAUCUGGUAGGAGAAACACACAAGUACAGAUAGCUUGCUCUCUGA